AUGGAGGAGAACAACAUUGACCAGCCACCCUCGCUGUCUCAGCUCUUAAGAGAGAGCUACCUAGCGGAGGCCAGAACCCACCAGCGCCACAGUGAGAUGAAUCGCUCAGAUGCUUCCUCCUCGCGCCUUCAGAUCUACGCGUCACUCAAAGGCAAGGCCGAGGACUCUGUGGGCCACAAUGAUCCCCAAUUACCUGACCUCUCAGCCUUCCUCAGCCAAGAGGAGCUGGAUAAGAGUGUGAACCUGGCCCGCCAGGCCAUCGGACAUGAGCCCCGUCAGGAGAGGGCAGAGGUCAAGGCCUCUGUCACACCAUUGACCCCCUCCAACAUCUCCUCAGCCUCUUUCUCUGAACCCCUACAUGUUGCUAACGCCUCUCCUGCCCCCUCCGCUGUGCCCUUCACCCAGCCAGCCUCUGAACCUAAAGAACUGCCAGCAACACACACAACAUUCACAUCAGACAGAAAGAUGCACAAAGCGUCCGCACAGCAGGAAAACAUGAUCAGGAACACAAGGGACACCGGUGAGGGAUUCAACGACUUUGACAGGGCGGGGAGGAACGCCCCGUAUGGUCCGGAGACCCAGUCCAAGAAGGAGUUCCUCAACAAGGCAGCAGAUUUCAUCGAGGAGCUCUCCUCGCUCUUCAAGGCCAAUAGCUCCAAACGGGUACGACCGAGAGCGAGCAAAUCCCACAGGAGCAGGAACCAGAACAAGAGCCAGAACGACGGGACAGUCUAUCCCCUCGGCCCUGACAUCAGGGACCGCUCCGUCAUGCCCGUGGAGGUGGAGAAGGAGAGACCCAGCCCCGCUGUUAGCCACCAACCAGAGGCCCAGCUGGACUCUAGGAUCGGGCAUGUGGACUUUCAGGAUAGCAGGAUUACCGAGGAGCUGCAGUACGACCAUGUUUCCCAGGAGGUGGAGGAGGAGGCUAAAAACUGUGUCCUGACAGAAAGUCCAUACGCAGAGGAGACGGCAUGUGAGCCUCCCUUCUUCAUCCAGAAACUGAAAAGCAGGGAGGUUCCCGAGGGCAGCAAGGUCCAGUUGGACUGCAUUGUUAGAGGACUCCCUGUGCCUGAAGUCCGGUGGUUUUGUGAGGGCAAGGAGCUGGACAACAGCCCUGACAUUCAGAUCAUCACCGACGGCGAGCUGCACUCUCUGAUCAUCGCAGAGGCCUUCGAGGAAGACACUGGACGUUACUCUUGCUUUGCAUCUAAUUUCUAUGGCACUGACUCAACGUCGGCGGAGAUCUAUGUCGAAGGUGCCUCCUCUACGGACUCUGAGGGGGAGCAGCACUUUGAACAUGUAGCCCAGCUGCAGAAGAAGUCUUCACCUCCCUCAUCGAGCCAAACUCUCUCUGCAGAAGAGGAAGACCCUCCAUCAUCCCAACCUGCAGCAGCCACUGAGGAGCCAGAGGAGCAGAUCUCCUCUCCACCAACUAACCCAAUACUCCCAGAACCUCUUCUACCAGUCCGAACAUUGGCUACCAUACUUCCAGUCGCAGAGCCUUCUAAGCCAUCUGUGGCAUCCACAGCACACCCUGCUCCGGAGGAGGCAACAGUGUCACCUGUGCAGGUGUUUCCUACUUUGCCACCUGGUGAUACAGAACUUUCAGGAGCCCAGGAGGUGUCAACAUCUGUCACAGCCACAGUGCCACCAUUCCAGACGGCUGCAUCGAUAGCUACAUCACUGCCUUUGAACGCAACGUUCUCGCCUGCGCUGCCUGUCCUAUCGGCUCCAACACAAACACCCCAACCUGAGAGUCAAACCUCCAACCACAACUAUCUACAAGGGUUGAACGCCCAUCCCAUCAUGGCUGCCCCUGUAUUCACAAAGAGCCUGCAGGACCUCCUUGCGUCAGAAGGCCAGCUGGUGGUGCUGGAGUGCCGUGUGAAAGGGGCACCAUCCCCUCAAGUGGACUGGUACAGAGAGGGGAAAAUUAUAGAGGACUCUCCUGACUUCAGGAUCCUGGAGAAAAAGCCCAGAUCUCCAGCCGAAUCAGAGGGAAUAUGCACCCUGGUCAUUGCUGAGGUCUUUCCUGAAGAUUCGGGAAUGUUUACUUGCACAGCAAGCAACAACUAUGGAACCGUGUCCAGCGCUGCAACACUAAGGGUCAAAGGCAAUGGCAGCAACAGCAACCACGUGAGACCUUUCAGCAGUUUGACAGUGAAGUCCAAUCAAAUCCAAGAACCAUCAUCAGCUCCCACCGUAAACCCUCAACCGGAGGUUACUGUGACCAACAGCAUCAAGCCCCACUCCAGCACCAUUCGCCUAGACCCGUUGGUCUCUACCACCAUACGUCUGGACCCCUUGAGCACCAGCACCCUCCGUCUUGACCCCCAUGGCUUCAGCAUGUUGCGUCCAGACCCCUUCCGUACCAGUCUACCCAGUCUGGAACCCUCCAGCCUGAGCAGCGGCUCCUGCUCCUCUCGCAGCACCAGCACCCCAAACCUAGAUCCUUCCUCAAUCCACCAGAACCUCCCUGGAUCCAGUGGACCACAUCCAGAACCACAGAGCUGCAGACAGGUUCUCUCAUACCCAAAACCCUUCACUUCUCAGUUUGCAGUUGAGACUUCAGCUGAGCAGGAAGUGUCCCCACCUUCGGUGACAUCGCCUGAUACGAGCCCCAAAGUCAAGGGGACCCCAAACCAUCAGAAUGGGAGCCUCAUUGUGGUGCCCCUCCCUGAUCCCCCUCCUAACUCCUGCCUAAAGACAGGCGCCCAGACAAACCACAAAGACUCACGCUCCGGCGCCAGAGUUGGCCUGCGUGUACACUUCAAACUGCCUGAGGAUGAGGAGGAUGAACAAAGUGAUGCAUCCAGUCAGUUGGAUGAGGACGCAACCAAUUCAGUCAACAAAGGACCACCACCAGUGCUGACUAAACCCAAACUGGACCCAGUCCAACUCCAGCUCCUGCACAACCAGGUCCUCAUGGAGCAACAGCAGGAGACCGAACCUCAGACCCCAACCCACACCCAGCUUCAGUCCCAGAGACAAUUACAGAUCCAGAUCCAGCCCGAGGUCCAAGGCCCCAAUGAAGAUCUGCUGUGGUCACCCAGAAUGCACCGUGAACCGCAUCCGCCACCUUUCCAGCCCCUCCUUAAAACCACGCUGCCCCCCCAACAGACGCCCCACUCUGCACCUCCGCUGACCACCACUCCCCCUGCUCCCUCUCUGAGCUCAGCUCCAACAGUCAACACCACCUAUUCACCUCUUCUCAACACUUCUGCUUUGAGCACCCCUCCUUCAAUUCCUCAGCUAAAGACUUCCUCCCUGGUGACCUUUCCUCCACCUCCACAGCUGAAAACAGCUCCCCCUUUCAGUAUAGGUCCUGUAACCCAGAUGAACACCAUCCAUGCCUCCCACCUAAACCUGUCCCCUGCAGCUCUUGCCAGAACUGCCCCUUCACCCCAAUUUUACCCUCCGCCUGCACCAAAGCUAAGUACAGCCUUUACAGGUCCAACCACGGCCUUACAGCAGAUCACAUCUCCUGCUCCGCUGUUGAGAAGCACCCACGCCUCCCUCAUGAACCUCACCGCCACCUCCCACACCUUCAACUACGCCCGGCCUAAAGAGUUCAUAGCUGCUCAGACCUUCUCACCAGUCAGGAGUCCUUCUCCGACAGAAUCCCCGGUCCCUCUGCUGCAAGAAUUGGCCGCUGAGCUCAACUCCUCCGCAGCCAGCUCCCCUACUCUCCCACCAUUCUCCCCGCCACCAAGGAUCUUCCCCACACGGGUGCUCAGGUCUCCCAACAGCCCUCCCUCCCUCGUGUCGUCACCCACAACGGUGUCGGCGGCAUUCCUGAACGCCAUAAGAGCCCAGUCGCCUCCCCAGGCCUCCUCUCCCACGUCCAGCAGCUCCACCCCCAGCCCCAUUCAAAACCCUGUGGCGUUCCUGAGCUCCGUCCUGCCGUCCCUGACGCCGAGUCAGCCCACCAACUCAAUGGGCCUGCCCAAGGGAGCUCCUUUAGGGAUGAAAAGGAACGUACCAAAGGUGCGCCUCCCGUCGAUUGAAGACAUUCACGGAAGCAAGGAAAUUCUUCUCCACGAUAUUGAGAAAAAGCUUAGAUUUAAAGAAGAUGCUCAUCAUUUCCCCCAUCAACAGAAGCUGAGUAAUGAGGGGAAAACAGCGAGCAGACCCCUUGGACCAAACAUUCCUGCUACUGUCAUUAACUAUGAUGAGGAGUACAAAGUGUCCAAUUUCGAGCAGAGACUAAUGAGCGAGAUCGAAUUCCGUUUGGAGCGGACGCCGGUGGAGGAGUCCGAUGAUGAGGUGCAGCACGAUGACGUCCCUACAGGAAGAUGCAUCGCGCCCAUAUUUGACAAGAAACUGAAGAACUUCAGAGCCAUGGAAGGAGUGCCUGUCACUUUGUCAUGUAAAGUAGUGGGAAUCCCUUUUCCAAAGGUUUACUGGUUCAAGGACGGUAAGCAGGUCUUGAGGAAGAACACCCAAUACAAGAAGAUCAGAGAGGGGGAUGGGACCUGUGCUUUACAUAUAGAGUCAACGACCAAUGACGACGACGGCAACUACACCAUCAUGGCAGCUAAUCCACAGGGACGAAUAAGCUGCUCGGGUCAUUUGAUAGUCCAAACGGGACCUCCCCGAAACCGAAUGACACCUAUUCACUCUCAGAGGGUGCGAGCCCGCAUACAGGAAGUCGAAAGUGAGCAAACCCAGGAACAAUUUUUUCGGCCUCACUUCCUCCAGGCUCCGGGGGACAUGCUGGCUCAUGAAGGAAGGCUAUGUAGACUAGACUGUAAGGUGAGUGGCCUCCCCAACCCAGAACUCAUGUGGUUGGUCAACGGGAGGCCAAUCUAUCCAGACAUUUACCACAAGAUGUUGGUGCGGGAGAAUGGCAUCCAUUCUCUGGUCAUUGAUCCCCUGACACAGAAUGACGCCGGCACAUACACGUGCAUCGCCAGCAACAAAGCCGGGCAGAGCUCCUUUAGUCUAGAGCUUAAAGUUGUGGAGAAAGAGAUGAAGCACCCUCCCCAGUUUGUGGAGAAGUUGCAGAACAUGGGUAUUCCUGAUGGGACUCCAGUCAGGUUGGAGUGUCGGGUGGUGGGCAUGCCCCCUCCAGUCAUCUUCUGGAAGAAAGACAAUGACACCAUUCCUAAAACUAAGGACAGGAUCAGCAUGACCCAGGAUGCAACCGGAUACGUGUGUCUCCUCAUCCAGCCAACAACAAAAGACGAUGCUGGUUGGUACACAGUGUCAGCAAAAAACGAGGCGGGAAUUGUAUCCUGCACCUGCAGGCUUGAUAUCUACGCACAGUGGCAUCAGAGCAUCCCUGCACCCAUGAAAAAGGCUCCGCGUACGGGCAGCCGCUACGCAGCUCUGACGGGCCAGGGGCUCGACAUCACGUCAGCUUUCAAUACGUCGGAGAACUACCCCAUCCUGUUCUCCAGCUCGCCCCCCGAGGCCAUGCUGGAGAGUGAGGAGCUGUGAAACUGCAG